AUGAAUAAUGAUGAAAACACAUCUUAAAAUAUCAGUCAUGAUUUAAUCAUUAAAAAAUGGAGAGAUAAGGAAAAUUAGUCAUUCAAUCGUAAUUCUACCAUAUAUAGUUCUAUCAAUUCUGUAAUUGAAAAAUCAUAACCAUUUUAACAUCUUAAAUUAUUAAAUGGGUAAUAUUGGGGAUAAAUGAAAACAAAUAAGCCUAAUGGAAUUGGUUCAUGUUAUUUUAAUAAUGGAGAUUUUUAUUAUGGGGAAUGGAAAAAUAAUGUAAUUCAUGGAUUUGGAGUGUACUUUUUUAAUGUUGGAGGUUAUAUUAAAGGAGAAUUUAAGGAAGGAUUUGCUGAUGGUAUAUGUGAACUCUAGUAUCAAAAUGGAUAACUCUAUUAAGGGCAUUUUAAAGUAGGCAAACAAUAAGGGAUUGGUGUUAAAAUUGGUAGAAGAGGAAAAGAAGUAGUUUAAUAUAAAGAUGGCAUACGAGUAUGUUUAAAUGAAGAACCUUAAUUGAUGGAGGACAUACAAAUAAUGUUGAAAGAUCAUUUACCUUAAAUUUAUAUUCAUAACGAUAGAGUUGUUUAUGGUUUGUAAUGUGAUCUAACUGGUUUGGGAGUGAUUUAGUAUACUAAUGGCAGAGUAGAUUUUGGAUGGUUUCAAAAUGGUUCACUUAAUGGCAAAGGAAAAAUCAUCUUUAAGAGUGGAGAUAUUUAUGAUGGACUAUUGAAAAAUGGAUUCUUUUAAGGUUAAGGUAAUUUUUUUAAUUAAUUUUAAGGCUUUUAUUUAAAUUACAAUUCAAAAUAAUUGACAGAAGGACAAUUCGAAAGAAAUCAAAUAUUAUCAAUAUAAAAAUAAGAGUUUAGGUAUCCUCCAUAUAUAAAUGAGGAUAUUUAAAUUGUAGAUUAAAGGAUUCUUAUAAAAAAUAUUCACUUAAAAACUAGACUAUUGAUUGGCAACAAAUAACAUAAUUCUUCUGAAAAAAAAUCUAAUAAUGUGAACAAGAUCUAAAAUGGGAUUUAACACAUGCUCUAAUCUAUUAAGAAAACAUAAAAAAGUGAAAGUAGUUAACAUGAAGAAGUUUUAGACAAUCUUUUAUCUAGAGUACAAUCACCACAAUAAAGAAAGAAUCUACAAUAGAUAAUUAGUUAAGUUACAUCUCCUUAAAGGAUUAGAUGA